CACAUGGAGCAGAUGAACUCUCCAGAGUGCCAAGCCCACACGGGCGAGAAGCCAUUCCAUUGUUCUGUGUGUGUGAAGGCAUUUUCACGGAAAUCAACUCUUAGCAGACACCAGAAAACUCACACGGGCGAGAAGCCAUUCAAUUGCUCUGUGUGUGGGAAGGCAUUUUCACGGAAAUCAACUCUUAGUAGACACCAGAAAACACACACGGGCGAGAAGCCAUUCAAUUGCUCUGUGUGUGGGAAGGAAUUUUCACAGAAAUCACAUCUUCAGAGUCACCAGAAAACUCACACAGGCGAGAAGCCAUUCAAGUGCUCUGUUUGUGGGAAGGCAUUUGCGGAUAAAUCAGCUCUUAACAAACACCAGAAAACACAAACGGGCGAGAAGCCGUUCAAUUGCUGUGUGUGUGGGAAGGCAUUUGCACAGAAAUCACAUCUUCAGAGUCACCAGAAAACACACACGGGCGAGAAGCCGUUCAAUUGCUCUGUGUGUGGGAAGGCAUUUGCAUGGAAAUCAAAACUUCACAGUCACCAGAAAACUCACACGGGCGAGAAGCCAUUCACUUGCUCUGCGUGUGGGAAGGCAUUUGCAUGGAAAUCAAAUCUUCACAGUCACCAGAAAACUCACACGGGAUGCCUGGAUGUAGUGGAGGUAAUGAGUCCUGGCAACAAUUACUCUUUCGACCUCAUGCAGGUGGAUGCUGAGAAAUCGCUGCUGGAGUGGCUGGAGGGUCAAAGUUUUGAGGACUUCUGUUAACUCUUGAAGUCCUGGAAUGUGCAUGUUUGUGUCUCUGUUAGAUCAAUCGAUAAGGUACACAUUAUUAUUUCCGUGAUUUCCAGUACUCCAAGCUAGAGCGAUGUUGUGAAUGCUCUAUGAUGUGUUCGGAUGAAAAGGAAUUCCUUUUAAGCUCCAGAAGUGUUCACUUAUUUCAAGAUGACAACAAUUUUAUACUUCGAUAGAUGCGUUGAUUCGUCUGGUGGUUGUAUCAUCGGGACUGUUAAAUGUGUGGUGUUUAUGGUAGAAGGUGCCACGUGUUGUCAUCUUCUCACAGCUACUUAAGUGUUGUAGUUUAUUCUAGACUUCGUCACGUUAAGGUGGUGCUUUGUAGUCAUAUCGGAUUACUUGUUGAUGUGGUGUGAUGCACAGUGGUUGUGAGGUGGUCCAAUUCCUGAUUUUACUGUCGUGACUAAGUGGCCUUGUUGAGCUAAAGUUGUAGAAAGACUGUGAUCAUAACGUUGCCCUAUAUUUUAAACAUUUUUCUUUAAUUUUCUUUAUUGUUCGACUAGAACCAGUCCUGGGCUAGGCCUCGACUAGAAACAGGCCUGGGCAAUGCCUCAACUGGAACCAGGUCUGGUCAAGGCCUCGUCUAGAACCAGGCCUGGACUAGGCCUCGACUAUUACCAAGCCUGGGCAAGGCCUCGACUAGA